AGGGCUGGAGAGCAGUGUGCAGUACGCUGGAGCUGAGAAGGUGGGCACGCGGACGAGCCCGGAGAGGAAGCACGGCGGAGUGUCUGUAGGACGGUCCUCAAAGCAGUAGCGUUUUAUUAUAGGGCCAUAGUCGCGGCCCCUGUUAAGAAAAAUCAACACCCAUGGCUGCACCAAAUCCAGAAAAAUCCCUCCAGGAUGAAGCCACUUGCUCUAUUUGCCUGGAUUAUUUUCAGCACCCAAUGAUGAUCAUUGAUUGCGGGCACAACUUCUGCCGAGACUGCAUCGCCCAGUGCUAUGCAGGAUCAGUUAAUGUGCUUUCCUGCCCGCAGUGCAGAAAGCCCUUUCCCUUGCAAAACAUCCGGCCAAACAGGCACUUGUGGAACAUUGUAGAACUGGCGAAGCAGUUCAGCCUCCGACGGGCGAGUGAAGCUGGAGAACAGAAGCUGUGCAAAAAGCACCAGGAGCCCCUGAAACUCUUUUGUGAACAGGAUCAAACGUCCAUCUGUGUGGUGUGCGAUAGAUCCAAGUUGCAUAAAAACCACACGGUCACUCCUAUAGAGGAGGCUGCCCAUGUCUAUCAGGAACAAAUACAGCACUGUUUGAAGACUCUGAAAGAAGAGAGGGACAAGGUUUUAGCCUUUAAAUCGAAUGCUGCCGUGCCAAGCGAAGAUCUGCUGAGGGAAGCCGAAGUGGAGAGGCAGAAGCUUUUGUCAGAAUUUCAGCAGCUGCACCAGGUUCUCAAGAAAAAAGAGCAACUUUUGUUGGACCAACUGGAGAAGUUGGAGAAAGAGGUAGAGAAGAGGAAGGAAGACCACGCAAACAAUUUUUCUGGGGAGAUUUCCCGUCUCAACACCCUAAUCAGCGAACUUGAGCAGAAGUGCCAGGAGCCACCAAGUGGGUUGCUCCAGGAUAUUGGAAGUAUCUUAAACAGGCAUCUGGUCAAGCCACCUACUGAAAGGAAACCGUCUCCCAGCACCCAGCUGCAGACGCAUCGGUCAAGGUGCCGGAGAAGCAGAUUUCACCCUCCUACUACACCUGAUUCUUCUGAGCUCAAGAAAAAGCUUCAGGAGGUCUCCUCCGAGAGUGCAACCCUGCAAGCAAAACUGAGGACAUUCAGAGAGACUCUAACAGAACCAAAGUGGAUAAAAGAGAACGUGACUCUGGACUUGGCAACGGCUCACCCUCGGUUCAUUGUGUCCCCUAACCAGAAAAGUGUCAGGUGGGGCACCGUCCGUCAGGAGCUGCCCUAUAAUGCCAGGCGAUUCGACCCUUCCCGCUGUGUGCUUGGCUGCCAAGGGUUCUCCUCAGGGAGGCACCAGUGGACGGUGGAUGUGAACUGUGGGACCUCCUGGGCUGUGGGCAUAGCCAGGGAAUCCGUCCAGAGGAAGGGACCCUUCAACAUCGCCCCGGAGGAGGGAAUCUGGGCAUUGGGCUUUGGCAAUGGACAUUACAAAGCUCUGACAUCUCCUCCUACCGUUCUGAAUCAAAGCAAAUAUAUGACAAAGAUCCAGAUUAGUUUGGACUAUGAAGGACGCUCAGUGGCUUUUUUUGAUGCUGAUGAAAAGAAGAGCCUCUUUCUCUUCUCAUUGCCCAGGCUGAAGCCAGAUAAAAUCUUUCCUUUCUUCCGUGUUGGUGACAUGAACACCAUCCUUCAUCUGUGUUGACUUCUCUGUGGUGUGGGGGGCUUAACCUGUGAGGUCAGUGUCGGCUCCUUCAACACAUUCACAAGUAUGAGCAUGCUCUCUUGACUUGGUACAGCAGAGCUUCAGCUUUGCUAAUGGGGGCUGUCUUUUAAUUUGUCUUGACAAUCCCCUAUAUAUUUUAAAUCUAUAUAUUUUAAUUGGAACUGAAGGUAAAGAAAUUGCUGUUCUCUUUGACACUGUCAACGAAGGGCUAAUCAAAUGAACCUUCUGCUUAUUACUGCAGGGUAGGGCUUGUACUAUCUGUAGCUUAAUUGACUACCUGUAGCAAGAUCUCUCACUUUUAAAGAUUGUUGUGUUUUUAAGAAUUAGGCUGGGAAAAAUAUGGAAAAAUCAAAUGUGUGAAUCAGGGUACAAUGUACACCAUUUAAAACUGUUAGCACAUGUAAUUUUUAACAGGUUACUUUAUUCGCCCCUAGAUUUCCUUUUACUCCGAGAAAGAUUCCAGUGUAUAGCAUACACAGAUCUUUUAACAGCUGUGAAUGGUGCAUGUAUUUUAAAUUACAGCCUUUCUUAGAAAAUCUACUGAAACAAUGAUGAGAUUAGGAUCAAGGUGCAACCCUUAGGUAUCUUGCUGUGCAAAGUGGCAGUUGUGUGCACCAUGGACAACAGGUAUCAGGCACAUGUAUUUUGCAUUGGGAUAUUUGUGUCCAGAUAAAGCAGUAUUGUCAGACACAGCCAGAAGUCAUGGCUGUGUAUAGUAGCUUAUCCAAGCCAGAGUGAGAAGAAAGAAUUAAGACUAAAAGAUUUAUAGAAAAGUAGUAUAUGUUUUCUUUUGUAAAUAGAAAGAUAAAAUGGAUCCACUUUGUUUUAAUUGAUACGUUUCAUACAUUCCUAUAUUCUAGAAGUGUUUUUAAUUGCAGGCCUUUUCUGUAGAAUAAAAGCUUAUCCAGGUUAACAUGUCUAAUUUAAAUAGACACACACCCUGCUUAUUUUGAGCUGUAUAUUUUAUUUUUCUAUUCAAGUCAUGGAUGAAAAUAUUUAGACAAAUUAACUUGCUGCCUUAUCUGUGAUUUGAAAAAUGAAUAAACGUUGACAAUUUGUCAUUAAACUUA